AUGGCGGCGGCGCUGCGGGCCGCCCUGCUGGGCGCGGCGCUGGGCUGCGCGGCCGCAGCGCUGAUCCCUGCGGCUGACGUGAAGGUGGAGGUGCUGCAGAAGCCGUUUCUCUGCCACAGGAGGACCAAGUGGGGGGACAUGAUGCUGGUUCACUACGAGGGCUACUUGGAGAGGGAUGGCUCCAUGUUUCACUCCACUCACAAGCAUAACAAUGGUCAACCUAUGUGGUUUACACUCGGCAUAAGGGAAGCUAUCAAAGGCUGGGACAAAGGUUUGAAGGACAUGUGUGUGGGAGAGAAGCGGAAGCUAACUAUUCCACCGGCCCUUGCUUAUGGAAAAGAAGGGAAAGGAAAAAUUCCACCUGAGAGCACACUGAUUUUCAACAUUGACCUUCUAGAAAUUAGGAAUGGACCAAGGUCUCAUGAGUCAUUCCAAGAGAUGGAUCUUAACGAUGACUGGAAACUGUCCAAACAAGAGGUGAAAAUUUACUUGAAGAAAGAAUUUGAAAAGCAUGGAGCAGUGGUAAAUGACACUCAGCAUGAUGCUUUGGUUGAAGACAUAUUUGAUAAAGAAGAUGAAGACAGUGAUGGAUUUAUAUCUGCAAGGGAAUUUACGUACAAGCAUGAUGAGCUGUAGAAAAGGGUGGCAUAAUUUUUUUUGACACAAAUGGCAGUGACUUAUAGACUGUCUGGUUCUCUUGUCUUCUUAAUUCUGUGUUUUGGGGUUGAGAGCUACUGUUGGCUAAGAAAAACUCCUUGUUUAUAUAAAAGAGAAUUUCCGUUCAAUAUGUACAAAUGUUUUAAACUAUUUUAAAGUAUGAAAAUGUAUCUCCUUUUAUGCAGCAAAGACUUGUACAUCAGUGUUUUUUAAUUUUGUAUUAACUUAUUUUUCAGAAAUGAAACCAACUUUCCAGUUAUCAAACAUUGUGAAAAUCAAAAUCCAGUUCAGUGCCUUUCUGUGAUUUUGUUUGUGUGUUAGGAUCACUUUCAGCGACUCCUUUAUGUAUAACUUCUAGUCUGUGGCUUAAUUACUUGACCUUCCUUCUUGUGUGUCACUGCUUGAAAAGCAGUGUGCUGACCUUGCUUUUUUCCUGCAGACUUUUAAAAGAUGUGCUGGAAGGCAUCAGCAUCUCUUUAUACAGCUGAGAAACUGAUACAAAGCUGAAUGAAAAAAAUGACUAUGCUGAUUUUACUCUUCUAAAGGGAGAGUGUUACCAACCAUGCUAAUAACUGUCUACAUUUUUCGUUAAAUUACGUGAACAAAGUAGGAGUUAAAUGUCAGGCUUUCACUUUUAAUGUCAGCAAUGUUCUAGGAAAUGUCUCUAAUUUGGAAAACAGCAAGUUAUGCUGCAGUGCAGAGGUGGUGUCCUUUACAUGUACACAUGUUUGUUUUGAAACUUGGAGCUUGCAUUCAUGAAGAAGGAGUAUACCUUUCUCCUCUCAAGUUUUGACGGAGAUCUUGAGUGAAAUAUUACAAGUCUAAAGUUUUUCCUAUUUGCAGAUGGGAAAGAGAACCUGACAGGAAGAUCAGUAUGGCCUGAAGAAGAAUUUGCAAUGGCCUGCCUGCUUUGUUACUGCCCGAGUUGCAGAACUUCAUUCAUCAUUGUUCCUUUGCAGUAUUUUCACAGGUAGCACACAAGUGAUGUGAAUUUUAAAUAA